AUGGAUUACAGCGCCUCCAUCAAUGAAGAGGCCGGCGCAUCGCCCUGGGGCAACUCACCAGGCUCCUCGCCCCGGCCCAACCAGGGCAACUUCGCAUCCCUCGAUGCUGAUCUGAGCGGCGAUCGGCCUGGCUCUCCUUUUGGCUACACACCGAGCCCCGGCGACGCAAACCCACAGGGCCGUGAGGACUUUGGUGAUGAGCAGUACAGACGGCCGGAUACCGCGAGCACCCAAUCGGCGACUGAGGUGGAAACACAAGAGUCGAGGACCGAAGUCGGCUCAGAAGCCCGGACCAGCGCCGAAAGCCCUGGACCUGAGCUGCCUCAGAAAUCGCAUGAACAAGGAGGUCCGCCGAAUGUGGGUGGACAGGCCAGCCGGGACCAGCAGCCUCGCAAACCCCAGCAACCUCAGUUCAGACUUCAAGCUAAGAUUACCGGCCUUGAGCGAACCGGAAAGAAGGACCCCAUCUUGCGGUUCGACGUUCACACAAACCUCCCAAGAUUCCGUACGACUCAGUACCGCGACGUGCGCCGCUUUCACUCGGAAUUCGUAAAGCUGGCGGAACACCUCAUCUCUGCGAAUCCCGAAUGUCUGGUACCAACGGUACCUCCCGCCGUGACAUCAGCCGGCGCCGGCACUGACGAGGACGAAGCCCGCGUGAAGGCCUUGCUACAAAGGUGGUUCAACUAUGUAUGCAGCAACGAAGUCCUUAUGAGGGACGACGAGAUGGUCCUCUUCGUGGAGAGUGAUUUCGGUUACAGCCCUAUGGUCAAGAUGAAGCAGCCGGCGACCGGCGUGCGCAGGAAGAUCUUGAAGCAGUUUGCGCCUCCGCCGGAUGACACCCCCGAGCUCCAGGAGGCUCGCCCGAUCGUGAAGCUCUUCUACUUGGGAACCAUGGAUGCUGGCCACAAGGUUGAUAAGCUUGUAAAGUCUCGCCGAGGUCUGGGAUUGGCCGAGUCUGACUUUGGCGUCAAGCUUGGCUCAAUGCACAUCCAAGAGCCCCAUCAGGGUCUCGCCAACGCCUACCGGAAGCUUGGUAAGAUUGUGCAGACGGUUGGCGACUAUCACGCUGCACAAGCAACCGCAGAGGCCACCACGAUCGGCGAUCCUUUCCAGUACCAUUCGCAGGACGCCUUUAUCGUCAAGGAGACACUCACAAACCGGCAAAUCCUCAUCCGCGAGUUCCUCCAGGCACAGGAGAACACACGCAGCAAGCUCAACGCCGCCGAUCGUCUCAAGGCGAGCUCCAACGUCAGGCGGGAAAAGGUCGACGAGGCCAUCACUGCUCUUGAUGAUGCGCGCCAGAACGAGACCUACCUCUACCAGAAGACGACGCGUGUCACGCAAAACCUCGUGCAAGAACGGCGGAAGUGGUUUGCGAGAACCGCAGCGGACCUGCGACUCAGCAUCAGAGAGUAUGUCAUUCGCGAGAUUGAGGCGGAACGACGUGCUCUUGCCGUGUUGGAGAGCGUGAGACCGGACAUUCGCGCCAUCGAUGCAUCUGGCGGUCUGAGUCGACUCGGACGCGAGUCUCACCCUCCCGUAAGAAGGGCCGCCGUAGCUGCUAGCCAAGGACCCAAGGGUGAUGCUUGGAGCGGUGUUCCACGACGUACCGACACGAUGAACCGCAGCGUGUCCGGAAGUCUUAUUGCGGGCCUGCCCGAGGAGGGAGACGGCCACGAUGGACAAGGUACAGGACAGAACCAGGGCCUCGGCAUAGCGGGUGGCCGGGCGAGUCUUUCCGGUGUGGCAGAAGAAGACGACGAGGACCGAGUGGAUGCGAGAAACGCGGCAAGCCGAUUGGCGACCAGCACCUUUUGA